ACUGUGCCAGGACACUGUCCUAGGACAGUUGGAUCGACGACUUUAGAUCGAACGCUGGCACCUUCUUUAAUCUCGGGAGGAAUCCAGAGGAGCCUGCGCUCGUGGCCUCGGCCAUGAUGGCGAAAGUCAUCACCUGUCAGUCUCGGGGCACGUCGUUGUCGUCACUCGGUAACCGUCCGAUGACGUGGAUGUAAAAUUUGAAAAUUUGUUUUGGCAGCGAGGAGAGGAAUUGGUCUACAGGAAGCUCCGUCACUCACUCCAUCGCGAAACGGGAGCUCGUGCCGCGAGAUAGAGCCGCGCGAUAGUAAAUCGCAAGGUGGCGGGACGGCUUCGCGCGCGGCUGUCAAGCGGAAACGCCGCUCCGCAUCAACCUGACUGACAACAGCUGACAACAACAGCUUUCUUCGGCACGUCACGCGGACAAAGUCGGGCAAAGUCUUUCGCGAACGUGACGACUCAUCCGUGCGAGACAUCCGUUGUUAUUCUCAUUAUCGUCAUCGUCCCAGGGACGAUAAGAAGUCGACCACUUGGCCGCCGGCUUAACUGACGUGGUGGUAACUCCCGGUCGCCGUAAAUAACCACUACGUAAGGAGUUCCUUGGCGUGUAGCACCCGGUGAGAGUACCCGGUGUGUUACCACGGUGGAAUCCCGCUCGUAAUGACUCGUAAUUGCGCGGAGGAGGAGUCGACGUCGUGCUGGAACGAUUUAAGGGACACCUAGCAGCGCCACCCGCGCCCUUCGCUAUAAUGAUUAGGUGCACGCGACUAUGGGGAUUACCUGGUUGAGGUGGAGAGGAUCGAGCUGAAAUCUGAAUACGCCAAGUGGUCGAUCGCGACCUCGACGAACUCUCGUCCCUCCGGCUCUCUAGUCUAGCGAAAACGAUCCGACAAUCGAUCGUUAAGACGCACGGAUCGGCGACAUUCGCAGUAUAUAUUGGAUCGUGGAAGGAUUCGAUUGGAAGGGCGUAAUGGACACGUCACCGACGUUAAGCAUCGGCGGUUCGAGGGCCAGGGCGGCCCUUUUGACCACCAGCGGCACCGGAACCGGUAGCACCGAUAGACGGGUCGUCUUUUUAGCAAGUCAACCAUCGGUCGGCAGCAGUCACGAGACCAAGACCUGGCCCCACCAUUGGUCACCGCACACGACCGGAAACAGUUACAAAUCGCCGGAGGAAUCGCCGCACACGGAGCACAGCAGACUGAGGAUGUCACGGGGCCAAGAGGUAUGGUCCGACGAGCCCUGCACUUCCGGUAGUGCGAGUCGCCGCGGUGGAGCGCGGCAAGUGGCGGGAUCGUCCUCGAGAACGUCAACUUCCGCCUUGGAGGAGCGCGCUUCCGGUACCACGCCGUGUAAAAGCGGCUUCAGAUUAGGCGUCUACGGCUGGAGGAAAAGAUGUCUUUACUCCCUCGUGUUGACCCUCAUGGUCAUUGUUAUUCUCAACCUCGCUCUCACCGUCUGGCUCUUAAAAGUCAUGGGAUUCAGUUCCGAAGGUAUCGGUUCGCUAAAAGUGGUGCCUGGGGGAAUCGAGCUAAGAGGUCAAGCUGCCGUGUUAGACGCUCUUGUGGCCUCAAACUUGAGAUCUCGGAGGGGCAAAAACUUGGUGUUGGAAUCAUGGAGUAAUUUUAUGGCCUCGGCGAGAUCUCACGAUGGCCGGCUCCUCGCGCGAUUAACAGUUGGAGAGGAUCGGGUCGACUGCGUAUCCAGAGGUUUCCGUAUAACCGAUCCUCGAGGAGGGGUGCUCUUUUCCGCGGACAGAGAACAGGUUAUCGUGGGAGCGGAAAUGUUGAGAGUGACCGGCGAAGGCGGUGCCGUUUUUCAGGGAAGUGUACAGACUCCACUGGUCAGAGGAGAGUCGGGACGCGGUCUAAGGCUCGAAUCAGCGACGAGAUCAUUAAAAAUUAGUGCUCCUGAACGAGUUGCGAUCGAAUCCUGGGCUAGCGAGAUCUCGGCAUCCUGCCUGACAGAUUUAAAGCUGCAGAGCGUUCACGGGGCCAUCCGACUCGACGCCAAGUCCGUCUACAUGAAGGGUCUGAAGACAGCGAUGCCAGUGCAAGGACAUUCGUCCAGAGAACAGCAACAACAGCAACAGCAACAGCACUCCGGUAGAUCAUCAUCAUCUCAUCAGAGCCAGAGGGAGACUACGAUCUAUCAGCUGUGUGCCUGCGCAAGUGGCAAGCUCUUUCUCGCUAGGCCGGAAGCCAGUUGUCAGGCGGACAAGUCGAUUUGCUAAUACGAAACGGCUCGACAGUCCUGAGUAUCACGAAAGCACAGGAUGAUUUGUUACAAAUCGCGAUAAACUAUGUGACUCGGUGAUCCUGGCGACAGAAAACGUAAAGAAAGACGCACUGCGAUCGACCGAUCGGCAUGAUCGGGGAUGAGGCCUUCAUUGGAACACUGCAAACGAUAUCAAACGAAUCUAAAAUGCGUCAAAUAUACGGAAAUACCGAGUGCGACGUAUUAGGAAUCAUGAUAAGAGAAGGAGAGAAUACGCUAAAUCGGGUAAUCGGAGUAAUUAUUCCCAGCAUGCGCUAUUUUUCGAUGAACGCGGCGUUCCCAAUAUGCCUUUAAGUGCCGGGCGCUUUUUGGGAAUUUCCAGUUUAUUUAGGGUCUAAUCUGGACGCUGACAAGUGUUUUCCAAUACAUGUCAAUUAACUAAGAUCGCAUUGCGUUGCUACUUAUUUUUUUUUUCCUUUUUUAUCUUGCAAUUUAACGUCACUCACACGUUUAAUUGGGUUGUCAUAUAAGAGCACGAUCAGGCGUUGUUGCGACUUUAAUCUCGCGGUUAAGGCACACGUCAAUCUUCUCCGAUCGCGGGGUGUUUGACGGCGCCAAUGUUCGUUGGUGAAACAUCCAGGUUGAUGAAACGGUCAGGUGUUUUCUCCGCAAUCCGGAAGAGAACGCACGCUCGUCGCGCGGAUAAAGAGAAAUUCUCGCGAGAUCUUGACCGGCAAUCGGAAAAAUUCUCUCGAAUUCGCGGACAUUUGAAAAAUUCUCUCCGAAGAAUAUCUUGAAGCGGCACAUUCACCGAGUUCUUUCCUUUAACUUUUUCCCGGCAUCAGCGCCGUCGGUCAAUGCGACAUGCUUUUUGAAGUUCUUGCGUUGCGGAAGAUUCGCAUAUUUUUUCGCCGCGUGCUUGCUUGUUUGGCGUUCCGGAUUCGGCCCCCAACUUUGUAUAUCUCCCCCGGCAGGGCGCCGCUCGUCCGGGAAGCCCUUGAAUUGUCCAUCGAGGAUUCGUCGGCUGGGAGAAUCCCGUGGUACCGUGAAUAGAUCCUAUAUUAACUAUGUGUACGUAGCACUGUCGCCGACACUACUCCGCGAUGCGCGCCUCGUUCCGGACUCUCAUCUGUAAGGUUUGUCCUUCGAAAAUUCGAGAAGUAAAAUUUCUUUAAAGAUACAAAUCUUAAAAGAAACGCGGCGUUAAGCACAAUGUCAAAUUACGCCAAAUGGUACUAAAAGCAUGGCUCUAAUUAAAGAUGCGGCAAUUAAAGAUGGGAAUUCGGAACGUCGUGGCAUCGAAGCGAAACGCGCGAUCGCUGUUAGACGGCGCCCGGUAAAAAUCGAUGAUCCCCCUCGAUCUCCCUUUUGUUGCCCAUCUCUUCGUAGCACCUUCGUCAGCUCUUUUCGUUCGAUACUUUAUAUACCCUGUGUACCGAGUAUACGCAUCUCGCGCAGCGAAAACCACUUGUAGGCAAAUCGUUCGUAGCACCUCUCCCUCCCGCUACGAGUUUCCCGCUCUCGCUCAGCGCUGAGUGUCACGCGGGACCCUUUCAGGGAGAUUACUUCUUGCGAAAUCGCUUACUUCUAACGCGAUGUCUGUUUAACCUGUGCUCCAAUACAAAGUAGAACCGUUGUUGUAAGUAGGGCGACGGCUGCAUCGGGCUGCGCGUGCCGCCGGAAAAACCGAGAGAAAGUUAGAAGGAGAAAGAGAACAAGGGAGAAAGGGAGAGUGUGAGUGAGCGAGUGAGAGAGUGAGAGAAUGAGACGGUAGUUUCACGCAACCGGAUCGGAUCGCGAUCCAGCUUGUACGCUGUACAUCGGCCAUGUCCAUUUAUUUAUGUAUGUGGCAAUAAAGUCGUUAUUGUUACUAUUAUUAUUAA